UCCUUGGUGGUUGYGAAAUAUGGCUUUAUUUUGAGUAUAUCAAUUCGGGCUACAAAUGUGUAUCAUACAGUCUGAUAGAUGGAUAUAGGGUUUCAGUCAAUGCUAUGGUAUCAUAUGACAUAUAGCAUGACAAUUAGCUCCACGAACCUUCACCCGAAAAUAAGUAGUUUGAUCCAUGAUGGCAAAAGAUUAAGGCGAAGACACACGGAGCAACAAUGUGCGYAAUAUUGCAGGCAAUGUUGUGAAAUAGGAUCGUUUGCGACUUCGAUCACUUGCAAUAUUGCGCGCAAUGUUGCACUGUGUGCCCGUAGCUUUAGACGCGACGAAACUAUGCGAUGAACUUGUAAARCUGCGGCACGAGGUUAUAGGGUGCCGCCAAUGGAGUUUGACUCCUCCAAGCAGCAACUAUCAAGCUAAUUUUCAUGUUUGUCCUUAACUGGAGUCCGCAUCUAAAUAUGUCCCUUUCGCAACAAGUUUUUGUUACUGUCACAAAUCUUAUUCCAAAAGAAUUUCAACAAAGAAGAAUGCAAGGUCAGCACACCACAGAUGGUCAUCAUGGUAACUAGGCCGUGAAAGAAAUCGCCUGCGUUGAUGUUACUGUGGUUUGCUUCCAGAGCAGUAAUGCGAAAAUGAACGUGGCAGGCCAUCAGACACGCCAUAAUAAGUUGAUCCAGAAAGAAAACCGUCAAAGUAGRAAAAAAAUGCACUUUGUACUUCUUUUCUCUUGGAGGAUAGGUGAAGUUAAGGAAGAAAACCAGGAUGUCACGCAGAUGUUUCUCCAAAUGAAUCCUAGUUCUAUCGCUCUWGCACUUGCAACUUUUUCGUGGACAAUCAUCACUGUUUCGUAACUCACAGCAAUCGCCAGUUCCACGAGCAAAAGACAUGAAGAUCUUGGAAUUUUCAAAAGUUCCCUCAUAGAAAAAGAACUCGCGUCUGCGUAGUGCAGUUUUCUGAUAACCAUCAUGUAUGUGAUGGCGUUGAUUCCUGUUAUGACUUGCCAGCAGACUUCUAGUUCUUUAGGGUGGCUAAAUAAAUCGAAGUUUUGACAUCGCUGAGUCGUAGAAUGCUGCGUGAAGGAGCAGUAUACAGCAUAUACACUAAACAGGACCCAACCAAUGAAAUGAAAAACGAGUACCAGUGAAUAUCCAAGAUUUAAAAAUCACCUUGGUGGCAAUAAAGUAAAUAAAUUAACUUGAAAAUUCCUUAUUGUACUGAAAAAGAAAAGACCAUCAUUUUAUAAGGUUUCCYUAUUUGGACUUCCUGUGGCUUUUCCACGUGGUGUAAAAACAAAGAGCAUAAUGGGAAGUGUCUGAUGUUCACUUGACAAAGAGAAGUAUUUUGGUUCAAGUUGGAUGGAUAUAAUUUUGAUUGUUUAUUCAUGAAGAGAGUAAAAAGUCUACGUGGCAAGAAUGGUUUCUAAUUGCUUAGGAUAUAAGUGGUCUUUGACGAUUAUCCUGUCUGCUUUUACAGUUUCUGGUAGAUGAUUCAACUUCAAAUCAGUCGUAUUUUCACAAUUAUAUCAACUGUCAAGAUUUCUUCUGAUUUUUUGAUCAAUGGAGGCAAGAAUAAUAGCUGUUUUUCUUGUGCUGUCAGUUUGGGUCUCGCUUUGUUUAGGUGAAGAUAGGGAAAGUACAAUCGCUUCUGCAAGCUUGACCACCAAUGAAAGCUCGAAGUUAGACAACAGAGAUUUCUGGGUGUUCAACUUUCUGUGGAACAUUCUUGGCUAUGCUACUGUUGUCCUUCCCUUUGCUUUCKUCAUACGAAUGGUUAAACACUCUAACUUCAAGGAAAAAGGAGCUCAAGGAUUUCUUGCAAGAACAAUCCACCAUUUUGUAUUUGGUGCACCUGACGAUCCUCAUGCUACAAUGGAGGAAGGUGGCAAGCAAGAAGAAACAAUGAGCGAGACAGAUCCAUCACUASGAAAAUCUGCAAUCAGGCUACUUGUGUGUGUGGCAGGACUACAAGGGUCUUAUGUAAUUUGGGGUGUUUUACAGGAACGAAUUAUGACCAGAUCUUACACCAAAGUUCUGCCUGAUGGAACAAGUGUUGAGGUCCAAUUUAAGGAUUCACAGUUUCUGGUGUUCAUAAACCGUUUCCUWGCUAUGUUUUUUGCUGGGGUUUAUGUUCUACUUACCAGACAACCAAAGCACAAAGCUCCCAUUUACAAGUACUCAUAUUCAUCUAUGUCCAAUAUCAUAAGUAGUUGGUGUCAAUAUGAAGCACUCAAGUUUAUCAGUUUUCCUACACAAGUUUUGUGUAAGGCAUCAAAGGUCAUUCCAGUGAUGUUAAUGGGAAAGUUAGUUUCCAAGAAGACUUAUCCAUACUAUGAGUAYCUAACAGCUGUCAUGUUGUCUGUAGGAGUCAGUUUGUUUUUACUCUCAGCUGGCAGCUCUAAGAAGACAGCAACGGAAACGACAGUGUCAGGUGCCAUCAUUUUGUUAGGUUACAUGUUCUUUGAUAGCUUUACUUCAAACUGGCAAUCUGAACUUUUUAAGAGUUAUAAGAUGUCAUCAGUGCAAAUGAUGCUGGGUGCUAAUUUYUUCUCAAGUAUUUUGACUUUUUGGUCAUUAUUUCAAAGAGGAUCCCUUUUUACAUCCUUAUCAUUUGCAUACAACAACCCAGCAUUUGCAUAUCAUGCGUGCUUGCUAUCAUUUUGUUCAGCAACUGGGCAGCUUUUCAUUUUCUAUACCAUCCAGUGCUUUGGCCCAGUAGUUUUCACCAUGAUAAUGACCACUCGUAUGAUGCUAAGCAUCAUCAUAUCAUGUAUUCUUUACCAUCAUCCUAUUUCAGCACAAGCUGCUUUUGGUGUUAUUGUAGUGUUUACUGCAUUGUUUUUGCGUGUUUAUGCUAGGUAUCGUACCAGGAAUUCAAAUGUAWCAAAAUCUUAAACAGAUUGUAGUAUGAAGGGAGUGUUUAUGACUCAGGGCUGUAGCCACCAUUUGAAUAGUGGUCUGGUUUAAAAAGUGGCCCAGUUUUUUAUUAACUUGUAUAGUAAAUAUUUGUCAAGGGGUCCUGUGGUCCUGUUAAAACCACACCAACUGUAUUUUUUGGGUGCUUUAGUGAAAUGUUCCUUUUUUAUAACCAGAUGGAUAAAUUAUAAAUGCUUCUUGCUAUGAAACUUCUUGUUACUAUAACAGUCCUUAAGRAUGGCAUUUCAAGGAAGAAAACCCCCAGAUGAGGUAGGAUAGGAAAUAAAUAUAAUGAGACUUGUAGUUUUAUGUUUUUUACCUCAUUUGAGGAUAUUUAAACUAAGCACAAUUUAUUUGAUUYCUGCCAUAUGAUAAWAAUAAUUAUUAUUGUUAUCUUUAUUAAUUGUCAUACUGAGGUGGCAUUUAACAACAAUUAAAAACCUAUAAGGGAA